UUGGAAGAAGGGGUUUCGAGCGUUUGGGACCAAUUUCCUCUCUGUGGUGGACGUGUACACCAAGCAGCUCUAACUUUUCUUGGCGAGGGCCGUCGUCAUGUCGAAUAACAACGCCAGCAACAACUUAAUCAUCGCCCAGAGGGCCGUCAAGCAGCUCCGGUUAGAGGCCAGUAUCCGUCGGAUUAAGGUGUCCCAGUCUGCUGCCGAGCUGAGGAACUUCUGUCUCCAAAAUGCCUCAAAAGACCCUCUCCUGGUGGGUGUCCCCUCCAGCGAUAAUCCCUUCAGACCACCAAAAUCCUGUUCCCUCUUCUGAGGCCAGCAGCAGCCAUGAAGAAUCUGCAUUUCUGCAAUGAAGGCUGUCUUCACUCUGACUUGACUCUGUAGAUCUGCCAUCUCUCUCCUGGACCACACGACUCUUUGUUUUUCAGGAGGACGUCUGUUUGCCAACACAAACCAAAUAGUCAUGAAAGCACCCUUGUGUUGUUCAUAUUCAGAGUUUCUUGAUUUGCUAACAUUAUAAAAUGUGUAGACUGCAGCGGAGGAAAAGAAACCCUCUUCCACGAGAAACAUACUGACAAACAAUUGGACUUGUGACCAGAGUAUUUAUGAAGUGUGUUUUCAUAUAUUUUAUUUGGAGCCAUUCUACCAAAUGGUACAGACCUGGAUGGAAGUUACUCUCUUUAAAGCACACGAUGCCUUACAAUGAUUUUCCAUCACUUUGCUCAACUCGGCUAUUUUGAAAAUGCUUGUACAUCUUCACUGUUUUAGGUCAUGCAAUGAAAUCUUUUACUGCCUUUAUUUUCCUUAUCUUUGCUACUGACAACAAUCUUUUUAGAAAUUAAAUGUCUUUUUCAUACACUUUAA